CGCCGCAGCGGUCACCAGAAACGCGAAACCCGACGGGCCAUCUAAAACUCUUCUUCCGAUCGUGCUAAACCGUUCGAAGCUCGGCUAAUUUGUUGGCAAAUCUGUUUUUCCGUUGAUCUCGCCUCCUCUUAUCUAAUUGCCGCGCGCAAUCACGUACCCGUGGUUCUCUCGGUACCGCGAGCAUCGUCGCCUUAGUUGCAGGGCUUGCGCUGCAGUCGCAUCGAGCGACGGCCACCGUGAACAGUGCUUCAGCAGCUCUCGGGGCCGAAUGGUUGGCUACGGCAAUCCUUGAUCCGGCCGCUUUCUCUCUCUUUCUCUCCCUCCGGUCUUUCGACACCCUGACCGCCACCCGGUCUCGUGCAAUCUACCACGGCGACCGCGAGGAGGACCCGUCUGAUCGUUGAAGGAUAACCGAUUUACUCGUGAAAGGAUAUACCGAUAGCCAACAUGAGGCGCACACACGUCUUCGCAGUUUGCCUCCUGCUCAUUCUCGGUUUUUAUGGUAUAAACGCCAUGCAGUGUUACUUGUGUAACAGUCACAAUGACAGCCGAUGUGCCGACGAGAAUCCUCCGGAUGCCCUUAAAGCAGAUUGCUCAGAUCUCAAGGACGGCGCAAAAUACACGAUGUGCCGAAAGAUUACGCAAGUCAUCGAGUUUAGCGUUAAUGGACUUCCAGCUAACACUCGUGUGAUAAGGGGCUGCGGAUGGGUCGAGUCGGACUACAAUGGAAGGUGCUACCAACGCAGCGGUUUUGGAGGUCGCCAGGAAGUUUGUUCAUGCUUGACGGAUUAUUGUAACACAGCGACACCAAACGUUCUGCCGCCGAAAUCAUUAAUCCUGUCUUGUGUUCUGGGCACCGUAUUGCUAGCAUUCAUCCGUAAUUAGAUCCAAAAGAAAUUUUCUAUGUUCCUGAACAAUCAACGGGGAGACACGUUCGAGAUCGUUAGUACAUCUUCAAAACAGCUUCGAACCUUGCAUACUCGAGAAACCGAUGGGAACGAGCUAACGUCAACGGAUCCGAGAGGCUGCACUUCUGACCUCUAGCGGUGCAGAUAAGAGAAGAGUGUGUACAACAAAGGACGAAGAAGCCACUUUUCAAGUGGAAAGUAUCCGCAUCUAAACUGUAGAAUUUUCCAUUACGUUCUGACAAUCGGACGCUAGCGAUCUCGACUUAAUCGAGGGAACGGAGGAUCCCCAAACGAAACUACGUUUUAUUUGAAAUGAUCUAGGGCCGGCGCUGAUGGCUCCCUCCUGUCCGUUGGUUAAUGGUUACCGUAGCUUUAGAUAAACUAUGCACGCUGUUCCUGGUCACCUUGUCCAUUUUGUCAACGAAGUGCAUCAAGUAAGCGCGAUAACGAAAAAAUUACAUUAUCGUUCACAUAUACAGUAUUUUAAUCGUUAGGGGAACAACUGAACUCUCGAUCUAGGAUCAUUAAAUCCAGUAAAAGUAUAGAGGAAUGAUAAAACGUUACGUGUGAAACGAAAAACGGGACACAAAAACUUAUUGUUAACGAAAGAAAAUAUUUCCGCAGGAAUAUAUUAUAUAUCAUCGUCACUCGUUCAUUACGCAUUGUCGUUUAUUUCACGUUUCUAAAUAAAAAAAAUACGUGCGUUUCUCGAAUAAUCGAUGGUAAGUUAAUUUAUCGAAGGUUUACUGUUUUUUACCAACGAAAUACGUAGGGGUACAGGAACAGUUAGAUUUUUUCGUACUUUUUGCAAAACCAGCCGAAUGAUAUUUUCUCGGUCACGUGUAACUCUUUUCGAAAAUUUUCAACGUAGGUGCUGAAAGUGUGGCAUCGGUCACAUUGUGUUCAUUCGACGAUUUUUCUGCGUAGAGCUUAAGAAUAAUAAUACGUACGCAACAAUUGCGCAACUUGUUAAGGAUCUUGUUGUAUCUGUAUUCACGAAAAGAACAUCUGUACAAUGUGUUUUUUGUGUGAAACAAAGAAAAUAUAUCAAAGUUGCCGUUGCGAAGAA